AUGGGCAACAAGCAAACCAUUUUCACUCCAGAGCAACUGGAUGCAUAUCAGGACUGCACGUUCUUUACAAGGAAAGAAAUUCUGAGACUGUUUUACAGAUACCGAGAUCUGGCCCCACAGCUAGUUCCACUCGACUACACAGACAAACCAGACGUGACACUUCCCUAUGAGCUCAUUGGCAGCAUGCCAGAGCUGAAGGACAAUCCAUUCCGCCAGCGGAUAGCAGAGGUUUUCUCAGAGGAUGGAGAUGGCAACAUGACUUUGGAUGAUUUUUUGGACAUGUUUUCAGUGCUGAGUGAAAUGGCUCCCAGAGACCUGAAAGCUUAUUAUGCUUUUAAAAUCUACGAUUUUAACAAUGAUGAUUACAUAUGCAAAUCAGAUCUAGAGAAAACCGUUAACAAAUUAACCCGAAAUGAACUUACCCCAGAAGAAGUCAGCCUUGUAUGCGAAAAGGUGAUUUACGAGGCCGAUGCGGACAACGACGGCAAGCUGUCUUUGGAGGACUUUCAGCAUAUGAUAGUACGAGCUCCAGACUUCCUCAGCACAUUUCACAUUCGAAUCUGAAUCUAGUGAAACAUGCAGCUGGAAGCACUUCUUGAAC